ACAGACGAAAUGGCCAACUGGCCAGCAGUUACGUUCUUGUUUCGAUGAAUUUGUAAUGUUCGAAGUUCGGGUUAUCUUUUUUGAAGCUACAAAACUGUGUAAAUUUUAGUGUCGAAGUGAUUGUGGUGUCGAACUGUCGUAGUGCAGAAGAGAUGUAAAAAUACGCUAAUUGGGGUGUGUAAAAAUACUAAUUAAUCGCAAAGGCAGAUAAUUGUAACUUCGUCGAGUAAUUCACAAUGUCACACCACAGUGACGAUAAUUUACUAGUGGCCAGCAGCGAUUCAUUUUGGGAACCCGGUAAUUAUAAAAGAACGACGAAACGAAUCGAAGAUGGAUACAAGCUGUGCAACGAUUUGAUUACACUAAUUCAAGAAAGAGCUGAAAUCGAGAAAGCGUACGCGAAAAGUCUUAAAGGAUGGGCAAAAAAAUGGAACGAAUUGAUCGAAAAAGGUCCGGAAUAUGGAACAACGGAAGCCGCCUGGAAAGGUACCUUGGUAGAAGCCGAAAGGUUAUGCGACGUUCACAAUCGAGUAAAAGAUGAUUUAUGCAACGAAGUCAUGCAACAAGUGAAAACAUGGCAAAAAGAUACUUACCAUAAAACCGUGCUGCAUAUUAAAGAACGUAAAGAAAUGGAAGACGCGUUCAAAAAAGCUCAAAAACCAUGGUGCAAAUUAUUAACUAAAGUGAACAAAGCUAAAAGCGAUUACCAUACGGCUUGUAAAGCUGAAAGAUCGGCAGCCAAUCAAGAGAAAAAUGCCAGUAACGAUAGUACCUUCUCUCAAGAUCAGAUGAAAAAAAUCCAAGAUCGCGUACAAAAAGCGAAAGAAGAAGUGCAAAAAGGAAAAGAAAAAUACGAAUUAGCAUUACAAGAAUUGAACAGUUAUAAUCCGAAAUAUAUGGAAGAUAUGACCGUUGUAUUUGACAAAUGUCAAGAAAUGGAAGCCCAAAGAUUGCAAUUUUUCAAAGAUGUUUUAUUCACUGUACACAAAUACUUAAAUAUUUCUAAAGAUCCUGUCAUUCCUCAAAUUUACGAAGAAUUUUACCACACGAUUACGAACGCCGACCGUGAAAAAGAUUUGAAAUGGUGGUCCAAUAAUCACGGAGUGAAUAUGGCCAUGAAUUGGCCCGUUUUCGAGGAUUACAUUGAAGAGUUUCGCGAUAUAUCUAAAGGAAAGAUUAAAGAAUCAUUACCAGCCGGACCUAUUACUUUAAUCAAUCAACGUCCAGUGGCCGAAGAUUUGCAUGAUUAUUCGACGAGCAAUAACAAAAUGUCGACUAAGAAAAUCAACGCAUCGGAACGAGUUAUCACGCGUGAAAAUGUUACGGAACCUAAAUCAUCUUCGAUUACGACCGAACAACGGCAAAAUAGCGAUAAAUCGCCUCAGAAGAAUGGCCCGACGUCUCCGAGUAGACAUUCUAUAACCAACGGCAGCGGCGGUAAUCAAAAAGGAGAAUCUAAUCCGUUCGAAGAAGAAGAAUGGGACGAAGACGUAAACGACGCAUUAAUAGAUAACGGAGAACCCGGUAUACCUGUCAGAGCUCUAUACGAUUACGAAGGAGCUGAAUCGGAUGAAUUGAGUUUUAAACAAGGAGAUUUAUUUGAAAAAUUAGAAGAAGAAGACGAGCAAGGUUGGUGUAAAGGAAGAAAAGAAGGUCGCGUAGGGUUAUAUCCGGCAAAUUACGUGGAACCAGUCGCGUAAAUAAAAUGUCAUUCGAUUGACAAUGUAUUCUUCCGAUUGCCAAAAAUGUUCGUAUGUGUGUAAUUUUUUUCCUUGUACGUUGAUUUAUUUUUUAAUAAUUUAACCAUUUUGAAAUUGUGUGUUUUAUACGUGCUUGUAUAAAAGAAAAAAAAACUGAGUAUUAAAUAUUAUAAAACUGAUCUUGUUUCGAAAGGCAGCUUUUUCGUAGUGUUGCGCGGUAAAUUCUUAAGACGAGGUCAUAAAUAGGCAUAUAUAGGUUUUUAAUUAAUUUAUGAUUUCGUCUUCGUCUCUAAAUAAGCAAUUUUUUUGGCAAUAGUAAUAUCAAUAUAAAUGGUGGAUGUAGAUUUUACCGUGCCAUUUAUUUUAUGUAUAUUUAUUUAUUUAUUUUGUUAAUUGU